AUGCUACGUGGGAAGCUCUCGCGACGCAACCAGGUACUGGAAGUUAUCCGACGUGCGUACUACCGAGACGUGCUUGUUAUCAAGGAAGAGCUGCGGCAAAAUGGCGGAAAAUUAAAUCACGUGGGAUCGUCAGCAUCAAUACCAAAGCUGCAGCGUCUACCGUCUAGUCAAGUGAUAGCAGGAGCAUCCGUGUCCAUCGACGGCGGACUUUCUAGCGUUCCAUCGGUGGAUCUACGAGAGGUCCUGCCUCUGUUUGCACCCAGUGAAACCGUGUUGCAAAUACAUCCCUGUGAGACCUGCGGCGGCCACUUAGAGCUUGUUCAUGGCGAGAGCAAGGAGCUUAAAGCUGCUCGACAAGAAAUGGCUCGAGCAGUGAAAGGAGAACAACAAAUGCGGGCUGUGGUGCAGCGCUUGCGCUCGGAGGCGAAACAAAUGGAGGAAGUUAACGAUGCAUUGCAACAGCGGGUGAAGGCGUUGAUGAAGGAGAAUGCAUACACUCUGGAGCAGUUGCAGGCUGGACGAAAGACAGAGCGAGAACAAAAAGUUAUCAUUGCAGGCAUGCGCUCCAAGCUCCAGCUCGUUCAAGCUACGCAAGACGAAAUCGAUCGCCUCACAAACGAGUGCAAAGACAUCAAGCAGCAACUCAUUCGCUCGAAUCACGAUCGUGAUAUCUUCUCCGCCUCUAACAACCACUUGAAGGAAGAACUUGCUCAAGUAACCAAAGCUCUGCACGUCGUCAAGGUCGAGAAAGCUCAAAUCGAAUCCGACUUUGGCACAAACUACUACCGAUUACAGGAAGAAAUCAAAAAGUCGAGACAGCUGAGUGAGGAUCUCGCAGCACGCGACGCGCAGCUCAAAGAAAAGAUCGGUAUUUGUGCGGAGCAGCAGCAAUCUUUGACAUCAUUAAAAGAAGAAUUGGUGUCGACGUUGCAGCGCUUUGAACAGACCAAGCGGCAUCUGGAAGAUCAACUUAUUGAAGAAGAGCGUGUAAGAGAGGAGAUGCAAGAGCAGAACCUGGAAUUUCGACGUCUCAACAAGAAAUUAGUGCGAGACUUGGAGAACAUUCAACAAAACCGCUCGAUAGAUAUGGAUUUUUCAUCCAUGAUUGAUGAUCCAGAGGUGUCCGAUAGACCGGAAAGCACCAGCUCCAACAAGGGCCGCUCGCAGAGACAACAAGCGGCAAGCCAGGCAAUGCGGAACAACAUACGAAAGAAGAUAGAGGAUCUUCAAUACCAACUGGAGUGGGCUUCGAUGCGCGAGAACGAUCUAGCCGGCCGGUUAGCACGUAACACUGGCGGCACCAGUAAGGUCCCUGCUCUGAAGCGGGCAACCACGCCUCAAGAUAAUACACAAAAACCAAACGAAGGUGAGACUCGCCGGCCAAAUCGAAAAACUGCAGUCAGUGCACCCGUUGAGCCUGUGUUGAAGGAAGAGGACGAAUUGGAGGAUGUGUUAGCAGUCAACGAGCAGAACUUUGAGGCAUACCACAUGGAAAUCGCGCGUAUGCUGGCGGAGGUGAAAGAAGGUAAAGACAACAUUGCCAAACAGCAAAGAGUGAUCACGGAGCUGGAACGAAAAAAUCUCGGACUGACCGAUCGCCUUGAAGAGUCCAAGCUGUCUAUUGAAGCGCUAACUGGCAGUGUGAAUGCACUGAAGAUGCGGUUGAACCAGGAUAGUGCUGGUGCUGCAGAGAUGAUGGAGGCCAUGAUGCGCCAAGUCGAAGAGGGAAAGCGAGAACAGCAAUAUGAAGUUGAGAAAAGCACCAUUUUGAUGACCUUCUUGCGCGAAGUAUCCGAGUCGGUACAUGGGGUCAGCGAUAACAAAGCACUCAUUCUAGAGCUGGAACUAGAUGCUGUACCAAUUGAUGAUCCUAAUGAAGUCGUGCGUGAUGGUGAAGGAGGUAUACAAAUGAUGGAGCUGCAGCGCAAAAAACGAGACUUGCGUCGAAAGGUGCUCAUGGAGAAGGCUAUGAAGAAGUUUGGGAUCAUGUGCCACAAUCGAGCCGAGGUGGUCGGAGUUGAGAUGCAAAAGAUGAAAGCCACUUUCGAGCGUAUGCGUGAAGAUCUCGACCAAGCUGAGAACAAAAUUGACUCGGAUCAGCUUCAUAUUCGGACACUUGAGGCAGAAAUCUCGAAACUCCGUCUUGUAGUCGACAUGGAGAAGAACAGUUCAGGAAAAUUGGAGAGAUCACUGAAACAAACAACGGAGGAGUUGAACGAGUACACGAUCAAGUGUAAAGUACAGGGAGAGGAAAUGACUGCCCUCAAGACGGAACAUGGGAAGCUGGAGGACGAUCACAAGCGACUCACACUCCAGUUGUUCGAGAAAACCAAGGCCUGGCAAAAUGAGAUCACUAUUACUGACAUGUGUAAGAAGAUUAUUGAGAAUUUAGAAGCUGAUAACGGUGACAUGAAGAAGGAGUGCCAAUCUCUACAGCAAAAGCUCGACGAGGUCGAGGAACAGGCUGAAUUUCGUCGCCGUACAAAUCGAAGCGUAGACGUAUCGGCGAUUCCUGAAACAACCGACUCAGAGGUUCAAACAGAUCGGUGGAAACCGCAAGGAUUGAUUCUGCGGCAGCGCAAUGGUCCCGAUCGCAUGCCGCAGCGGUUCCUUGGUAAGGCAUCCGUCAUGAUUCAUUGUCCAGAGUUGAGCCACCCUCGGUCCUCAGGGAUGGAUUCACCACCAAUUUUGCAGAACCAAGAGCUUGGUGCUUUAUCCAGUUUAGGUGGGAACUCGCCCCAAAUUACCGACACAGAUGAACAUAUGCGUGGACUGCUCGAGCUAAAAGUGUACCCGUCGCUUAAAGCUGGUGGGCGGCAGAUCAAGACAAGUUACGCUAGUUCCCGUCCAAAGGCUCUAUCACGGCUCUACCUGUCAUCUGACGGAGUUUCUCAAAAGUACAUUGCUCCGUCACCACGGCAGGGCCUGCGUGAAGAAACCCAGCAACGGAUAUCGUUCGAUGGUAGGCCGGCAACAGUUCUUUGAUAGGGUAUUAUAGACGCCACAUUGUGUUGAAAAGAGUUUGAGACUUACAUAGACAGA